GUGCCGCCCUGCCGGAGCCGGGGGCGGGCCGGCGGCGGAGGGGAGGCCGGUCCCGGUCUCAGCUCCGGCCCCAGGUCCCGGUCCCGGCCCGCGGCGGGUCUGGCCAUGGUGCUGGUCGUGGUCAUGGGAGUGAGCGGCUCGGGGAAGACCACGGUUGGGUCGCGUUUGGCAGCAAAGCUGGGAUGGAAAUUCUAUGACGCAGAUGAUUACCAUUCUUCAGAGAAUAAAAAGAAGAUGGCAUCAGGAAUACCACUAAAUGACGAGGACAGGAUUCCAUGGCUUUGUACAUUGCAUGAUAUACUAAGGAGAGAAGAAUCAUCUAGACAAGAUGCUGUUCUGGCCUGUUCAGCACUGAAGAAAAUGUAUAGAUACAUACUAGUUAGUGGAGUAUCUGCAACUGAAAGCAACCAGCCAGAGAAACCAGAAGAAAACACAGCGCUGAAGAUCCUCUUUGUUCAUCUGGAUGGUCCUAUAGAGCUCAUUGCUCGCCGCCUGGAGAAGAGGAGAGGACAUUUCAUGCCACUGGAACUACUCAAGUCUCAGUUUGACACUCUAGAGCCUCCUAAAGCACCAGAAAACUUUAUCACUGUCAGUCUAGAAAAAUCUCUUCCUGAAAUAGUGAUGGAGAUUGAGAAAGCCAUUUUUUCAGGGUAAAGCUUUUCCAGAGUAAGUUUCUAAAUUACAAAUGCAGAAAUUCACUUGGCAAUACCAGGGUUAUGAAACAGCAUUUUAAUUAAUCAAAGCAACUUGUUUUUCCCAAUAGUUGAAUUACAAUGUUAAGAGCUGGUUCACUACUCUUGGUAUUUUUAUCAUGGCUAUUUAAAAGAUAUGCAAUAUGAAAUUUUAAAAAACUGUCAGCAAUGUUUGAAUUCCUUAUCAUAUCAAGUUAAAAUCUGUAUUAGAAUCUAAGCAGAGCCAGCUUUUGAAAAUCCCAUCAAGGGUCGCACACAAGAAUUAUUUUUUUUUUUUAAAUUUUUACUGUCAAACGUGAGAAAGGCACAUCUUCUAUUAAGCGAUGAAAUAAUUUACAGCUUUAUUAAAAGCAAUAUAUUUGUUUUCUUACUAGUAUAAAAGGAACAUGCAUGAUGAAAUUUCAUGCCUGACAUUGCCACGGUCUCACUGCCAGGUCUUUAACAAGUUGUAACUUCUGUGUUUGUGUCCUUACCAGCCUCCCCAGGGCAGUGGGGAGGCUGGCAACUUCACCAGCUCUUCAAUACAUGCACUGAAAACGAAGUUGGAAAAUGUGAGGGGGAAAAAAAAAGUAACGGUUGUGAAGUAAUGUACAAAAUGCAAUUGUAUGGAAAGCUUCAGAAGUAAAGUGUAAGGAGCA